CAAAAACUGAACUCUCGUGAAUUUAGCAACUAGAUAGAAUAAUAAAAGAACUGAACUGAACAGAGUUUCCUACAAAAAAAAAUGGCAGGGACUUCAAACCUAACGAAAAGCUUCAGCACUUACUCUAUUUCUCAUUCGCUUCACCCUCGAAUUCACACUCAAAUUCUCUCACAGUUCCAGCGCAUUCCCAGUUACAACUACAGCGUUCCAAUUCACAAAUUUGCGUCCAGAAUUGAAAACAAUGGACCUCGGAAAAUGGGUCGGGUCCAGAUUCGGGCGAUGUCGGGUUCAUUCGGGUCCCGAUUGGAGGAGAGUGUGAAAAAGACCAUUACUGAAAACCCAGUUGUUGUUUACUCCAAAACUUGGUGUUCGUACUCAAUGGAGGUGAAAGCUUUGUUCAAAAAACUUGGAGUAGAUCCACUUGUUAUUGAAUUGGAUGAAAUGGGUCCCCAAGGACCACAGCUGCAGAAAGUGCUGGAAAGGCUUACUGGACAGCAUACGGUUCCCAAUGUAUUCAUUGGGGCCAAACACAUUGGUGGUUGUACAGAUACUAUUAAGCUGUAUCGGAAAGGAGAACUUGAACCUUUGCUGUCGGAAGCUAAUGCUGGAAAAACAGAGAGCUAAGCCUUCUUGGCUAUCCAUGCUAAAGCGAUCCUAUCUCAUUCUCUCCUUGUACGCAUUAUUCUUUCAGAUCUCUUUGACAUAAUUCAUAUUUAAUUACGUUGUUCCUUUACAAGUAUAUCUUGCUUCUGAUUAUUAAACUCACUGUUGAAGCAGAAAAUUUAUGUUGAUGUAACUUCACCCAUGAGCUUAUAAAUGAUUUUACUUCCUCCCUCAAA